AUGCCAGCUCAACCGCUUAUUUUGUCGUCGAGACGAACGAUUUUGAUUGCCAUUUUGGCCCGUUACGAAGAGUUUCUUCAAAACUACCAGCCCGAUAGGGAUUCUAUCGAGGUGGAAACUCGUAUGGCCAAAUUUGACCAAAUAUGCAAGGAUUUGGAGAGCCUUCAACAGCAGCUGGAGGACAGUGCAACCACUGCUGAAGAGAUGACACACAAUGCCGCCCUUAGGGAGGAUUUUGAACGGCGCUUGAUUCGCGUUCAAUCGGCAUUGAAAGCGAAAUAUAGAGAAAUUCCGCGCAGCGAAGUGUCGCAGCAAGGAGCCGACAAGGUGAUCGCUGAUCUGCCGGCGCAUGAUGUUUCCACUCGCGGCUGGAACAUUCCUUCGGAAUUUGUUUUGGCUGACCCACAGUUCGAUAAAUCAGCCCCGAUUGAUAUUAUCCUUGGUGCCCGUCAUUACGCUUCCUUCUUUACGAACGUAAAAUCGCACGAGCUUGCUCCGAACCUUCCAACUAUGCUGAACAGCGUUUUUGGGUGGGUCAUGAUUGGUCCCACCUCUCCUCAGAAUCCUGCAUCUCCGACCGAUUGCACCGCCGCGUCCACAAUCGUCUGCAUGGCAUCCCUGGAGGAGUCUCUCGAACGAUUUUGGAAGCUGGAAGAGUUAAGCGUCAAUGAUUCGUACUCACCUGAUGAGCGGCGAUGCGAAACAUUGUAUAAAGAAACCACUCAGCGCGACGAGUCGGGUCGCUAUAUUGUACGAUUGCCCAAACAGACCGACUUCACGGAAAAGCUUGGCCUGUCUAAAACUACCGCUUUGAGACGCUUCGAGCUGCUGGAGAGGAGGCUAGAACGCAACCCACAGCUCAAGGAAGACUAUCAUGCCUUCAUGAAGGAGUAUUUGGAGCUGGGGCACAUGUCGCUCAUGAACAAAGAUAGUGGGGAUGAACAGGCGUACUACCUACCGCACCAUCCCGUAUUUAAAGCCUCCAGUACCACCACGAAAGUAAGGGUCGUGUUUGACGGAUCUGCAAAAACAAGCACUGGUUAUUCCUUGAAUGACAUUCUAUGUGUUGGUCCAAUCGUGCAGGACGAGCUGCUUGAUAUUGUGUUGCGAUUCCGCACCUACCAAAUAGCACUUGUGGGAGAUAUAGCGAAAAUGUACCGACAAAUAUUGCUGCAUUCUGAUGAUCGUCGAUUGGUGCGCAUAUUCUUUCGAUUCUCGCCACAAGCUCCGAUCCAAGUAUAUGAGCUCAACACCGUUACAUAUGGACUAGCACCUUCCUCGUUUCUGGCUACACGCACACUUAUCCAACUAGCAGAUGAUGAAGGGACUGAAUAUGCGCUUGCAUCUGCAGCCCUGAAACGAAACUUUUACGUGGACGACUUCAUUGGUGGUGCCAAUAACGUUCGCGAAGCUGUUCAGCUGCGUAAGGAGUUAUCAGCGCUACUUGCCAAAGGUGGGUUUGAGUUGCGCAAGUGGACAUCAAAUAAUCUGAGCGUGCUCUCCGGCUUAAGCACCGAGUAUAUCGGCACACACUCAUCGCUGCAUUUUAUACCCAACGAGACGGUCAAAGCACUCGGCAUCUCGUGGAAGCCUGAAUCGGAUGAGCUGUGUUUUGAAUCCAACACUGAGGCUGAUGAAGCCACGUCGACCAAGCGAUCUAUUUUGUCGAGCAUUGCCAAAAUGUACGAUCCGCUCGGAUUGAUAGCACCGGUGAUCGUGCGUGCUAAGAUGCUGAUGCAGGAGCUAUGGCUACUCAAAUCCGGCUGGGAUGAACCUGUUCCUAAUCACAUCUGUAAAAAAUGGAAGGCGAUUCAGAGCGACUGGAAAACGUUAUCCGAGUACAGGACUAACCGUUACGCUCUCUUACCAGAUGCAACAGUAGAAUUUCACACAUUUACCGAUGCUUCGGAGGCCGCCUACGGAGCAUGUGUGUACGCUCGUUGUGAAAGCGCGGCGGGAGAAGUCCGCAUCAGCCUAUUAGCUUCGAAGUCUCGAGUGGCACCACUGAAGCGCGUCACGUUGCCGAGGCUUGAACUAAGCGCAGCUGUCCUGGGCGCCCAUCUGCAUCAUCGCGUCAAGGAGGCAAUGCAGAUCGUGUGCGCCGAAUCGUUUUUCUGGUCCGACUCAACAGUGACGCUAAAAUGGAUUGCGUCACCUCCCAACUCCUGGAAGACGUUCGUGGCAAAUCGAGUAGCUGAGGUGCAACACUACUCUCAUCCAAGGCAAUGGAGGCACGUUCCUGGCACAUCCAAUCCUGCUGACUUGGUUUCCCGAGGCAUGUCGGCAGCACACUUCACGCAGAAUCAGCUUUGGAAUAACGGUCCAGAUUGGCUUGUGCAACCUUCGUCCCAUUGGCCCAGCUCAGAUCCAGAACCAAGCGAUGAGGCGGACCUAGAAACACGCCAGGUGAGUGCCGCUUUAGUUUGUACACAAACUCAUCCAUGGUUUGGCAUUUCUUCAUCCUUCACCAGAAUGGUACGCAUCAUUGCAUACUGCAUACGUUUUGUGCGCAACACCAAGCAGAAGGCGCGAUCACAGCGAUCGAUACCGCACACCAAUGCAUCCAAGACGAUCACGCCCAAGUACGUGGAUGCUGCAAAAAUUGUGCUUUGCAGACUAGCCCAGCAAGAUGCAUUUUCCGCGGAAAUCAAGCAGCUAAAAAAGGGAGAAGCAUUGAUGAAACAAUCUCCUUUACGAAAACUUACCCCAUUCCUGGAUACAGAAGAAGUAAUACGGGUGGGAGGACGAUUGAACUUGUCGCAACUACCGUAUCAGUCCAAGCAUCCAGCUGUUCUACCGAAGAACCACAAAUUCACCCCACAUCCAUUCUGA